AUGUAUGGCAGUUUUUGGAAGCAUGUAUGGCAGUUUUUGGAAGCAUGUGGUGGCAUGCCUCUCCUCCUCCCUCUGCAGCAUUGCCGCAACCUCACCCUUGCACCCUCUCAUCCCCUGCCUGCUCGCCUCCUCACUAUGAAAUUCUCAUCGCAGGUGGGACCAGUGCCCAUAGACGAUGGCUUUGGCAAGGAGGUGGUGCUGCGCCUCUCCUCCUCGCUCGCCAGCACUGCCACCUUCUACACCGACUCCAACGGCCGAGAUUUCAUCCAGCGCACACGCAACUUCCGCCCCGACUGGAACCUCACCGUCACAGAGCCUGCUGCUGGCAACUACUACCCCGUGAGUGGAUGGUAUUUUGUUCACUGCAAUCCCAGGUGCCAGCCAACCUGCCACACCAUUCCAGUCCCCGGUACAACAGCGUUUCAACACCAGUUCCUUCCUUCCCUAUGCCCCUCCUCCCUGUCCCACCCCCUCUCGUCCCCGACUGCCACCACUCGCCCUCUCCCCCACCAGCUGAACGCGGGCAUCUAUUUGCACGACAACAACACAGACUUCUCAGUGCUGGUGGACCGACCCAGCGGGGCGACCAGCCUCUCAGACGGGCAGGUGGAGGUGAUGCUGCACCGCCGCCUGCUGCAUGACGACCACCGCGGCGUGGCAGAGCCGCUCAACGAGCGCGUGUGCGUGGGAGGAGAGGAGGGAGCGCAAUUGCAACCCCCCGCAUGCAUGGGCCUCGUGGUCUCUGGGUUUCUGCGCUUUGGGCUGCACCCGCAUGGUCGGGGUGAUGGGGGUGUGGUGGGAGUGGGAGGGGUGGGAGGGAGUGGGGAGGGGUUGGCGGCGGGGAAUGGCACGGAGGAGGGAGUUGAGGUGGCUGCAGAGUGGCGGCGGGGGAAUAUUCAGCGAAUAUUCUCUCCACUGCAAGUGGCGUUUGCUGUUGAGGUGGGUGGAUUUGGGGGAGUGCGCAUGGAGCACUCCUUCCUGCGCACCGUGCACACAUGUGCCUCCUCUUUCCCCCCUUGCUUCUCCCUCUCCCCACCCUCCUUACCGCUGCUGCAGGAGGUGCAUGAGUACAAGGUGCUGCUGCGUGUCGCCCAUCUCUAUCAAGCUGAGGAGGACCCCAUUCUCUCGCAGCCUGCUCGCGUGGAUCUUGACAGGCUCUUUGCUCACCAAGAGAUUGAGAAGGUGACCGAGCUCAGCCUGAUGGCCAAUCAGAAGCUCUCAAAGAUGCGGCCACCAAUGAAAUGGAGGACUGAGGAGGAGGUGGAGUCAACAAAUGGCAUUCAUGGAGUUGGUCAGAGGGAUGCAUUUGACUCCACAGACGGGCCAUACAUUGUGGAGCUUGGACCAAUGGAGAUUCGCACUUUUGCGGUUCACUUUGAUGAUUGA